AUGACCCACACCGAGAAAGCUUUUGCUGAAAGAAACAUUUUUGAGUCUCGACAAGCUGUACGAAAAACGUUCCAUGACAAAACCGAUGUAAAAAGUUCGAAAACUGAUGAAACUGACUCUACACAAGUUAGUAGAUCAUUGUAUCAAUCUACGGAAGAAAGUAACUUAUUGAAAAUUCAAAGUACGCAAGACGUAAAUACACAAAAAAUGGUUUCUAAUAUCCCGUGGCGUAAACAAAGUCAAAUUAAACAAGAAACAACAGAAGAAAUCCUUGAAAUAAAACAUUGGAGAAAACCAAAACAAGAUACUAAACCAUCUACGGAAGAAAAAUCCAUAACGGAAGAUACUUCUAUUCUAAAAAUACAGGACGAUAUUGAAGAUGACAAAACCAAUAAAGAGAUUCUACAAGUUAAAACUUGGAGGAAACCUCGCGCUAAAGAUGAUUUAAAACAAACAGAGAAAGACAAAAUAGUUACUACAGAAGAUGUUAGUAUACUCAAAAUUCAGUCAGAAACAAAUGAAGAAAAAUCACAAAUGUUGGAAACAAAAUCUUGGAGAAAACCGCGACGCGAGGACAAACCUACCGAAACCACAUCAAUCGAGGAAGAUGUAUCAAUUAUGCAAAUUGAAAGAGAUGAGGAAAAGGAUCAAAAGCAAGUACCUCAGUGGAGAAAACCACGGGAUGAAAAGAAACCCAUAAGAGAGGAAAGAAAAGAUUCCAUACCUUGGACUGAAGAAAGCAUUAAACUGCGCCCAACUAAAGUGGAAAAAUCUUUGAUCGUGAAAGAAAAAAUAGAAGACGUUACUUUAAAACAAGUAAGGAAGGGAUCAAUAAAAAAGAUUGAUACUGAGGAAACUGAAGAACUAUUGAAAUAUGAAGAAGACACAGCGAUACUUAAAAUUGAGGACACGCAAGAAACUGAUGUACCGGUCUGGAGACGUCAGUCAAAGAAAUUGAAAGACGACACAGAUGCAGUUCUAGAUAAACAAGCGCCCGACGAAGAGAAAGCAUUGGAACUAAAACCCAUGAAAAAGAAACCAGUAGAUGAAGCCACGUCUGUAGAACCUAAGUGGUUAACUGGCAAAAGGCGACCGAAAGAAGAAGAACCGAAGGAAGAGGUGGUUCUUAAGCCAGUCCUAAGGCAAAAAGCACCUGAAGAAGAAAAACCGGAAGAAGUGACAUUAAAGCCCGUCAAAAAAGAGAAGGUAGUUGAAGAAGCUAAGCCCGAGGAACCUAAGUGGCCGACAGGCAGAAGGCGACCGAAGGAAGAAGAACCGAAGGAAGAGGUCGUUCUCAAACCAGUUCCAAAACAGAGAGCACCCGAAGAAGAAAAACCAGAAGAAGUAGCAUUGAAACCUGUCAAGAAAGAGAAGGUAGUUGAAGAAGCUAAGCCCGAAGAACCUAAGUGGCCGACAGGCAGAAGGCGACCAAAAGAAGAAGAACCGAAGGAAGAAGUGGUUCUCAAACCAGUUCCAAAACAGAAAGCACCCGAAGAAGAAAAACCAGAAGAAGUAGCAUUGAAGCCUGUCAAGAAAGAGAAGGUAGUUGAAGAAGCUAAGCUCGAGGAACCUAAGUGGCCUACAGGCAGAAGGCGACCCAAGGAAGAAGAACCGAAGGAAGAAGUGGUUCUCAAACCAGUUCCAAAACAGAAAGCACCCGAAGAAGAAAAACCAGAAGAAGUAGCAUUGAAGCCUGUCAAGAAAGAGAAGGUAGUUGAAGAAGCUAAGCCCGAGGAACCUAAGUGGCCGACAGGCAGAAGGCGACCCAAGGAAGAAGAACCGAAGGAAGAAGUGGUUCUCAAACCAGUUCCAAAACAGAAAGUACCCGAAGAAGAAAAACCAGAAGAAGUAGCAUUGAAGCCUGUCAAGAAAGAGAAGGUAGUUGAAGAAGCUAAGCCCGAGGAAUCUAAGUGGCCGACAGGCAGAAGGCGACCCAAGGAAGAAGAACCGAAGGAAGAAGUGGUUCUCAAACCAGUUCCAAAACAGAAAGUACCCGAAGAAGAAAAACCAGAAGAAGUAGCAUUGAAGCCUGUCAAGAAAGAGAAGGUAGUUGAAGAAGCUAAGCCCGAGGAACCUAAGUGGCCGACAGGCAGAAGGCGACCCAAGGAAGAAGAACCGAAGGAAGAAGUGGUUCUCAAACCAGUUCCAAAACAGAAAGCACCUGAAGAAGAAAAACCAGAAGAAGUAGCAUUGAAGCCUGUCAAGAAAGAGAAGGUGGUUGAAGAAGCUAAGCCCGAGGAACCUAAGUGGCCGACAGGCAGAAGGCGACCCAAGGAAGAAGAACCGAAGGAAGAAGUGGUUCUCAAACCAGUUCCUAAACAGAAAGUACCUGAAGAAGAAAAACCAGAAGAAGUCGCAUUGAAGUCUGUCAAGAAAGAGAAGGUAGUUGAAGAAGUUAAGACCGAGGAACCUAAGUGGCCGACAGGCAGAAGGCGACCCAAGGAAGAAGAACCGAAGGAAGAAGUGGUCCUUAAACCAGUUCCAAAACAGAAAGUACCCGAAGAAGAAAAACCAGAAGAAGUAGCAUUGAAACCUGUCAAGAAAGAGAAGGUAGUUGAAGAAGCUAAGCCCGAGGAACCUAAGUGGCCGACAGGCAGAAGGCGACCCAAGGAAGAAGAACCGAAGGAAGAAGUGGUUCUCAAACCAGUUCCAAAACAGAAAGUACCCGAAGAAGAAAAACCAGAAGAAGUAGCAUUGAAGCCUGUCAAGAAAGAGAAGGUAGUUGAAGAAGCUAAGCCCGACGAACCUAAGUGGCCGACAGGCAGAAGGCGACCAAAGGAAGAAGAGCCAAAGGAAGAGGUGGUUCUCAAACCAGUUCCAAAGCAGAAAGCACCCGAAGAAGAAAAACCAGAAGAAGUAGCAUUGAAACCUGUCAAGAAAGAGAAGUUAGUUGAAGAAGCUAAGCCCGAGGAACCUAAGCGGCCGACAGGCAGAAGGCGACCGAAGGAAGAAGAACCAAAGGAAGAGGUAGUUCUCAAACCAGUUCCAAAGCAAAAAGCACCUGAAGAAGAAAAACCAGAAGAAUUACAACUAAAGCCUGUCAAGAAAGAGAAGGUAGUUGAAGAAGUUAAGCCCGAGGAACCUAAGUGGCCGACAGGCAGAAGGCGACCAAAGGAAGAAGAACCAAAGGAAGAGGUAGUUCUCAAACCAGUUCCAAAGCAAAAAGCACCUGAAGAAGAAAAACCAGAAGAAUUACAACUAAAGCCUGUCAAGAAAGAGAAGGUAGUUGAAGAAGUUAAGCCCGAGGAACCUAAGUGGCCGACAGGCAGAAGGCGACCGAAGGAAGAAGAACCAAAGGAAGAGGUGGUUCUCAAACCAGUUCCAAAGCAGAAAGCACCCGAAGAAGAAAAACCAGUAGAAGUAGCAUUGAAGCCUGUCAAGAAAGAGAAGGUAGUUGAAGAAACUAAGCCCGAGGAACCUAAGUGGCCAACAGGCAAAAGGCGACCGAAGGAAGAAGAACCGAAGGAAGAGGUGGUUCUCAAACCAGUUCCAAAGCAGAAAGCACCCGAAGAAGAAAAACCAGAAGAAGUAGCAUUGAAGCCUGUCAAGAAAGAGAAGGUAGUGGAAGAAACUAAGCCCGAGGAACCUAAGUGGCCGACAGGCAAAAGGCGACCGAAGGAAGAAGAACCAAAGGAAGAGGUGGUGCUCAAACCAGUUCCAAAGCAGAAAGCACCCGAAGAAGAAAAACCAGAAGAAGUAGCAUUGAAGCCUGUCAAGAAAGAGAAGGUAGUUGAAGAAGUUAAGCCCGAGGAACCUAAGUGGCCGACAGGCAAAAGGCGACCAAAGGAAGAAGAACCAAAGGAAGAGGUGGUGCUCAAACCAGUUCCAAAGCAGAAAGCACCCGAAGAAGAAAAACCAGAAGAAGUAGCAUUGAAACCUGUCAAGAAAGAGAAGGUACUUGAAGAAACUAAGCCCGAGGAACCUAAGUGGCCAACAGGCAAAAGGCGACCGAAGGAAGAAGAGCCAAAGGAAGAGGUGGUUCUCAAACCAAUUCCAAAGCAGAAAGCACCAGAAGAAGAAAAACCAGAAGAAUUACAACUAAAGCCUGUCAAGAAAGAGAAAGUAGUUGAAGAAACUAAGCCCGAGGAACCUAAGUGGCCGACAGGCAAAAGGCGACCGAAGGAAGAAGAGCCGAAGGAAGAGGUGGUUCUCAAACCGGUUCCAAAGCAAAAAGCACCCGAAGAAGAAAAGCCCGAGAAAGUUACAUUAAAGCCUGUCUUAAAAGAGGAGCUGAUUGAAGAAGUCAUUGUUCAAGAAUCAGCUGUACGCACAGAUGAGCCAUCGGAAGAGAUUCAGGAAGAAACUACGACUAUAGUUAAAACAAAGAAAAUUAAGAAACAAAUCCAUAAGGAGAAAAAGAAAGAGGUCGGACCAUUCAUAAUAGAGCCACUCAAGGCUUUAAAUGUAUUGGAAAAUAGUACAUUACAAUUGAAAGUUGUGUAUGAGCCUGCUGAUAGCAAAGUGAAAUGGUAUCGCAACAAUCAACCACUAGAACAUAGCGAUGAAAGUGUAAUUCAUACUGAAAAUGGAACUUCAACGUUAAGAGUACCAGAUAUUAACAAAAAGAGAGUAGGAAAAUAUGAAGUAAUUGUAGAAAAAAAUAAUGUGAUCGUAAAAUCAGCAAGUUCAAUUAAACUGCUAAAAUCUUUAAAUGAAGACGAAAUCUCACCACCUGUUUUCAUUAAACCUAUAAGACCACAAAGGGUGAAUUUAGGCGAGAUAGUGUUGCUAGAAGCUGAAGUUGUAUCAAGUCCAACCGCCUCCUUCCAAUGGUUUAUAGAUACCAGAGAAGUAACAACAUAUGUUAAACAAAACAAAUUAACUAACAUAUAUGUAACAGACAGAGAUAAUACAUCGUGUCUGUGCAUUGAAAAUAUAAGUAAAGAUUUCUUAGGAGCUAUUACAUGUAGAGCAGAAAAUUUUGCGGGAUCAGUUUCGUGUUCUGCUUCACUGUUAGAACAACCAGAUAAAGAAAUGAGUGGGGAAGCACCUGUAGUUAUCACACCUUUAGAAUCUGUUAUUGUUAUGGAUGGUGAACCAAUUAAGCUUUCUUGUACAAUCAGUGGUCAACCAUGGCCUCAAAUAGAUUGGUAUCACAAUGAUGAACCUGUUCAAAGAGCUAGAGACAUAACAGUUGCGAGACAAGAAUCAGGCCUAUGUGAAUUAUGCAUUAAAGAAGCUUUCCCAGAAAUGUCAGGCUUAUACCGUUGUAUAGCUACGAAUGACUUUGGAAGUUGUAACUGCGAAUGUACUGUACACAUUGAAGCAUAUGAGUAUGUGCCAAGUGCAUCUGAAGAAGAUAUACUGAGCGAUGAGAAAACAAGCGACAUAGAAGAGUUUGCUCCACGUAUAGUAAAGGCAUUACCCACAGUGAUUACAACUACUGAAGGUGAACUAACCAGGCUUGAAGCGAGGGCUAUUGGUGUCCCCAAACCCCAAGUAAGGUGGCUUAAACAAGGUGUAGAGAUACUCCAGUCUCAGGAAUAUCAAAUAGAGGAAAUGGAAGAUGGUACCUCAAUAUUAAUUAUACCAGAAGUUUACCAAGAUGACACUGGAGAGAUAGUAUUUGAAGCCUUUAACCCACUAGGUGUAACGUCCACAAUUGCAGCACUUUCGGUUGAAAGUAUAAUUGGAACGAAGGAAUAUCGAAAACCAGAAUGGGUAACACACAUGGAAGAACUACAGGCAGCAUUGAAAGCAACACAAUCGGUUCCUACCUUCGUGAAAGAAAUUCUAGGCGAACGGGUUGAUGAAGAAGAAACUGUUACUUUUGAAGCUGUAUACAGUGGAAAUCCUACACCAGAAAUAAUUUGGUACAAAGACGACAAAGUCAUCAGAACUGAUGAACUUUAUAUUAUUGAAAACAAAGAUAACCGGACGACGUGUACAGUUAAAAAGUGCGUAAAAGCGUCAGAAGGAACAUACAUGUGUAAAGCAGUAAGUGAUAUUGGUAUGGCUAUCACUAAAGCUAAAUUGCAAGUAUAUGAUAGUGCAGACAAGUUAAGAAAAGCAAAACAUCUGAAACAGAAAGAUAAAAAAGAAAAAGUGGUUAAACGAGACGAAAAAGUAGUCAUUGAAGAAGUUUCAGAAACGGUUCAAGAAGAACCUAUUGAAAAACCAAAACCAAUUAAGAAAACUGAUAAACAGAAAGCAAAAACUGUAAUCAGUGAGGCUGAUUAUGUCGAAACUGUGGAUGUCGCGACUUAUAAAAAAGUUGACAAAAAGGAAAAAAUAGAACCUACUAAAGAGAAAGCUGAACCAAUCGUUACUCCACAGGAGUAUUUGAUAUCAACACACCCUGAAAAGGAAGAAAUGGUACAACCAUUUGAAGAAUCGUUUGAAACUGAAAAAGUUAUUAUUAAAAUGGUAGAGGGUGACUCACGUGUAGUUGCAGAAAUAAAUGAAUUAUUAGAAGUAAUUAAUGCUAAGGAGUUUGGCCCAGGAGAAUCGCCAUUAAGAGAAUUGGCAAAAAUUGGUUUCAUGAUGAGAAAGGGUCUCACUACAGAACAAAUAGAAAGCUUAUAUGAUUCGCAAUAUUUCCCAGCCUUAAGAGUUCCACAAUCUCAAUCAGCUUUAGUACGUUUAGUAGAAAGACAAGGGCAUGGUGCACUUAUCACUGAAGUACUUACGGAAGAAACUACACAAGACGAAGAUGUUAUUGCGGCAAAGGUUGGCUUCCGUGCUUUCUUGAAAAUGGUUGAGUUAAAACAUUCCUCGGUUGAAGAAGUCAUAGCGCAUUUCUAUCCUGAAGACUUUAAACCACGUUCCUGGGAACAAAAAGAAGCACAUGAGGUUGUUGUGGAGUCAUCGGCUGAACAGGUAGCGGAAGUACAUACAACGACAGUAAUAAAAGAUAUCAAAGAAAGAGAACAAGUCAAACGCAAAAAACACACUAAACAGAAAAAAAUUAUUGAUGAACUCCAGUCAGAAGAAAUAGCAGCGGAGGAGCAAAUUAACUUGAAACCAAUGCAUCCAAAAGAAAAGCAAGAACAUUAUGAUGAAGAUAAAACUGAUAUUCUUGAAAGUGAUGAGAUUCCAUACGUUUCUGCAGUUGCUACGGAUAUUUCCGAAAGUAAAGUUGAAAUAGUGCCUUCUAGUCAGGUGACACAUAUUCUGACUGAUAAGAUUGUUCCUGAUAUAAAAGCAAACUUAAAAUUAGAUACCAAUUAUUCUUUGAUUGCUGACGUACAUGAAAUACAUGAGAAAGAAACACAGUUACAGAUUAAAGAUAAUGUAAAAUUAAGUAUAAAGCCGUCAUUAAACGAAAUUGAACCUUUAGUAGUGACACAAAUCGAAACAAGCGGUUCUGUCGAUGACUAUCAGACAAGUAAAGGUACUGUCGGAAAUAUUGCAAGCAAAAGCGUUGUACCGUCGGAAUCAUUUGUUACAACAGAAACUCUCGCUAGUAUGACAACAUCAGACAUUAAAAAAGAAGGAAAACUUCCAGAAACGGCAAAAACUACUGUGUUACUCAAAGAUGCAAUUAAUAUUACGGAAGAAAUGGUAUCUUUGAAAGAAACCCCUCUACAUGAGUUACCAACAAAGAAAUCAAAUGCAACAGUUGCAUUUUCGCCUUUGGUAGGCCUAAACGUUCUAGAAAUUACUGAACAAAUAAAAGAAAGUAAUGUGGAAACUAUGAACAUUGAAAAAGCAGCAACGUCUAAACUAAAUUUCAAUUUAUUAGAAUCAUUACAAGUUGGUGAAGUAUUUGUUGAAGAUAAAUCAGGAAAAUAUUAUCCUGAAUUGAUAGUUCCCACUGAAAUGGCAAGGAAAGAUGUACUUGUCUCAAAUCAAGUUGUAACAGAAGUUCACAAUGUACAAGAGCGUGAAGGGCUUUUAUCGGCACUUAAAUUACCACCAGCGCAAGAGGCAAACGUAGAUAUUGCAUCCAAAGAUAGUUUAGUGGUAUCUGUCGAAGAACUACAUGAAAAAGAAGGAGAAUUUCCUAUAAAAGAAAUGCCAGCCCUAGUUUCUGUCAAUAAAGAUAUAAUGUUACUUUCUAGCCUACACAACACAGUCACCACUUCACAUAUUAAAGAAUCAGAAUUUAUCCCUGACGCUAUGAGUCUUAAAAAAGCCACUAUUGGUGUUAAUGAACUACAACAUAAAUUUAAUUUAGAAACAAACGUACAUGAUUCAGAGACACUUUUAGAAGAAACACGACCAAAUCUUGGUUCACGUGCUGAUAUUGCGAUAACAACUUUAGAUAAAAAUGUCGUGGAUGAAGUAAAUGUUCAUGAAAGUGAAAAAGAUCUCAUUUUGAAGGAUGAAAAAGUAACAGCCAAAGCAGAUUUAGAUUUCAAAGCUUUUGAACCUUUGAUUACAUCUGAAACAUUAGAAAUGACUUUUACUGAUGACAUAAAAACGUAUGAAAAUCCAAUAAAAGAUUCUGCAACUGAAUCUUUGAUAACAUCUAACGCUAAAAUUGUAUCAUAUCCUCUUAUACACGAUAAAGAAUCCACAGAAGAAUACACAUCGAAAAAACCCGAAGCUGUAGUAUCAUCGCUCGUACCUAGUAUACCAAUAACCGUUUCCGAAAUAGAAUCCUCGGAAUGUGAAAAUAAAUUGACUUUAAAUAAGAUUCCAGAUACGGUUAAUGCUCAAGCAGCAUCUAGUCAUCCUUUAAAAACUCCAAUUUCUCAAGAAAUAAAUACAGCUGAUCAAAUCAACUUCUUAGCCAAACAACCAAAUCUAACUGAAACAGCUUCAGAAUUAAGGGAUUUGCAAAAAGAAAUAACCGUUCUUCAAACAAACGUAGAGGACCAAAUUCAACAAUUGCAAGAAAAUAAAAUUCCCGAAAGUGAAGCUCAAGCUGUAUAUAUAGAGAAAGAAAGUUUGAAUGUUACAGAAGUAAUAACUAGCUUACGCGAACAAGGUUUGGAAAAAGAUGAAUCAAAGCCAAAUAUUUUCGCCAAGGUAGAAAUUGAUUCAGAUCGCAAAAUUGCGGUAGUUUCAGAAGUAAAUUCCCGUGAUACACUUUCGGAUCUUGCGCCGAUGAUUCCCAACCACGAGGAAGCACAUGUAUCUUCUAGUCAUUUAAUAUCUGUACAAAUAUCUCAGAAUGAACCUUUAGAUAGUCAAUCCGUCAUGCAAAAUGAUAAUAAACCUGAUUUUAAGUCCCUAAAACCUGAAAUAAUUCCAUCAGAAGAGAUUCUUAACAUCACAGAAACAGUGCAUCAUGAAAAAGAAAGUGAUUACGAUAAGGAUUCUAAGCCACAAACAUUUAAAGCAUCGACCGAUAUUGUUGGCAGGCCAGUUGCUGUAUUGUCAGAGGUUACAGUGGAUUCAUCUGUAGGUUUCACUGAUGUAGCUGCUAAAGAGGCCUUGAAAACCGCUAAUGUGCAAAAUAUUACGUAUAAUGAAUUGAUUGUUAAUACAACUGAUUAUAAUGAAAAAGAAGAUGAAUUAGAUGCUACUCUCAAAGUUAAUACAUUCUUAGCAUCAUUAAAUAUUGACUCAAACCAGGCUAUCUUAAUCGAAGAAAACAGAACAGAAAUGGUACCCGAGGCAUUGGAAGACAAAAGUAAUUUAUUGCACGCUACAGCCAAACAAGAAGCAACCGUAAUAGAAGCUAUAUCACAACAAGAAGUUAUGGUUCACUUAUCAGAAGAACAAUUUAUCAAGAAAGAUGCUGAUAAAUUAACACUACCGAAUAUAUCUUUAACAACCUUGCAAGCUCCCCUAUAUGAUGAAAGAAUAGCUAUAGAACAAGAAAAUACAUUACCUACUAGUAAAACACCUGACGAUCAACUAGCAGAGUUAUCUAUAAUUUGUCAACAAAGUUUACAAACUUCAGAAGUUGUUUCUCAUUCUGACAAUGUUGAGGAUAAAAACAGCUUAAUAAUGGAUUACAAAACGAUAUCACCAAAAAUUGACGAUGUAUAUACUAAAACCGCUUUUACUGAAGAAGUUAUCACCGGCGAGGUACUUGAAGAGUUCAAUAAUGAGAAAAUAGUAUUACAAAAUUCAAAUAUAACUCCUAUAUUUAAAAAUACAGUUCAACAAAUGGAAAUAGUAUUAGGCGAAAGCGAAACGUUAAUAAAUGAACAACCAGUUACAGCAUCAUCUAUAAGUGGUGACUUUACAGAAACUGAAGCUUUAAUAACCAGCUACACGGAAACAAUAGACAAAGAAAAAGCUUUAGAUGCUGAAGCAUUACAGCCAAAACGAGAUGCUUUAGUUGGUUUUGUUCCUUAUAGCAGUUCAAUUAAUACCGAGGUAAUAGCUUCAAGUACCGUCGAAAAUAUCAAAGAUAUUUCCUUCAAAACUUCCAAAGCUUUGCUAACGCAGGAUGAAUUACAAAAGAGACAUUUAGAGAGAACUGAAAUAUUGACUGCGGAAAAAGAAACAACUUUCACAGAGUCCAAAACAGAUAAAUAUAAGGCCACAGAAAAUAUUAUUGAAGCAACAGCUAAAGAAGUAACUGAAAUUGUCACUACAGAAAAAGAAAAUCAAUUCAUUCAGUCGUCAGAGCCUUUCAGUACAAGUGCUCUUUUCUCUGUAAAUGAAAAACAAUCUAUUCUAAGUACUGAAGUAAUAGUGAAUCAAGAUACUGAAGACCUUCUUACACCUAAAACUACAAAAACAUGUGCAGCAGCUACUCAUGGCCUACAAGUAGCUAUUGAAAAAAGUCAACCAUAUGUAUGUGAAUCAGAAGACAUUUAUGAAAAUGCAAUGCCGACUAUUCGAAAACCAACUGGUAUUAUAGAUGAACAAAAGUCAAUCGAUAUUACAGAAACAAUUGUUACAGAAGCCGAAACGAAAUUGGAAACCAAGACACCAAUUAAAGGUGAAACAGUUGCUUUAAGUGUUCAAAGUAAAAAUUACGUUAAUGUUACUCAAAUCACAUCAUCUGAUAAAGAAGAAGUUUUCCUACCAAAAGAGCUCCCAGACACUAAAUCAAUAACUCCUAUGCUAGAUGUACCAAUGCACACAGGUGUAGGUGUAAAUGAGACAACUGUAAAUGAAAAAGAAGAGUCGUUAGAAUCGCAGAGUGAAACUAAAUAUUCUCAAGUCGGUAUAAGCGUAGAACCCACCGAUUGUUUAAAUAUAUCAGAAAAUGUAUUUGCUGAAAAAGAAGACAUUUUAAAACAAACUACAUUGCCAAAAGCGGUUACUAAUAAUGUAAGCUUAACUACACAUAAGCAUGUAAAUAUAGAAGUAGCACAGGUAUCGGAAGUUGAAGAAAAUAUAGAUUUGUUUGAUAGUAAAAAAGAAGAAAUUGGUAAUGUUAGUGUAGAAUCAGUCAGACCAUUAUUCGUUCAAGAAACAAAAUACGAAGAAAGACCAACAGAAAUCAAUGCUAUGGAAAAAUUAAAGGGACACAUUCCCUCUGUUAAAUUAGAAGAAGGUCAGCAUCUAACUAUUACGGAAGUAGAAAUUACAGAGAAGGAACAGCUGAUAGAUAAUAAAGAAAUAACUUCAGUUAAGCAGGUUGAAGAAAGUUUCGUCGCUAAUUUACCAAUUCAAAUUGAAGAAAUCACUAUAAAGGAAUCAGAAACUACUUUGCCCAGUGAAACUACUCCACAAAAAGAAGUAUCAGGAAUUUCUAUCGAACCAAAACAACAUAUUACUGUAAUAAGUACUGUAGGAGAAGAGAAAGAGCACGACAUGAAGAUUGAAAAUGUUCCAAUUUUAGGUAAACACCAAGUGGAUAUUAAAUCCAUUGAUCAUAUUACUACAACGGAAACUGUACCGAUCGAAGAAUACGAAAUUUUACAAGAUGAAACUACCAAAGACGAAAAAGCUUUGCCAAAGCAAGCACCUUUAAGUGAAUUGAUUAACCUUCAACUACAGCCUAUUGAAACUUUAAAGAAUAUUGAUGUUAAUUUCAAACCCACUGAAGGUGAAAUUCGAUAUGAACUUGAACUACAUAAAAGUUACACUACUACUGAGAAUUUAAUUCAUGAAGUUUCUAAUGAGUUAACAAGUCGCGAUGACACAUAUAAAAAAGCCGACAAGACGAUUAAUGAAAUGAAAUCAGUUCAGCACUUGGAAAUCAUAACAGGAGAAAAACCGGAAUCUUUUGAAACUCUAGAUGAACAUAAAACAGAAAAGGCUGCAGAAAGCCACGUAGCACUGCAAGAAAUAUCAAAAAUGCAACCCGAUAUUAUUGAAAAAGUUGGAGAAUUACCUUUCUUUACCAAACCUGAAACAAAUACAGCCUCUUUUGAUGUUGAAACUUACAAGUCUUGUGUUGUAAGUGAAAAUGUAACACAAGAAACACCGUCCAACCUAAUAGUUACGAGUGAAUCAAUAAAAGAAAUAACAGAACAGUUCCUGGAAAUGAAACCAGUAGAACAAAUAGAAGUAAUAACAGGUGAAAAUACUUCUUCUUUAAAAUCAGAAGAUCAGAAAGAAACAAACAUUCUUGGAAAGCAUAUUGAAAUGAUUCCUAUAAAUCAAAGUUCCGUAGUAGUUCAUGAGAGAGAAAUUAAUACCAACUUUGAACAAUUACUACCUUUAGAAAAAGCAUCGAUAUCUUUGAGCACCAAAGAAAGUAUAUCGGUUGAUGAAGUAACACAAGAAGAUUCACCAGACACUUUCAAAUCAGAUCAAAUAAAACCUGUAAAAGCUGAAAAAUCUGUAACUUUAUUAACACACGUACAGUGCACUGAAAACGUUGCAGAAACUCAAGUAAAAGAAUUGGUAACACCAAAAACACAGACUGAAACCACCAAAAUCACACCCACAACUGUAACGCCGCUAAUAAUUACAGACAGUGAAAGUUUUCAACAUGAAACAGAGUUACACAUACCUGAAACCAAAAAGCAAAAAAUAAGUAAAAGCUUCACAGUGGCCAAUGAAAUCGAGGUUUCAACUGAAUUUAUCGAUGAACAAGCUUUACCAUACAUCGAAAAGGAGCCAUUGUUUUUGGAGAGUAAAACAACCACCACUGAAGAAGACCGUCAUGACAUUUUGAUUACAGAACAGGAUUCUCAAAUUCAUGAGGUGACACAAUCUUCAGCAAAAUCAUCCGAUGUAGAAGAAAGUGAAGAAAUCAUAACGAAGUUCGUGCAAGCCCCAGGUCAGUAUGAACCAAUACAAAUAAAAACAAAGCGAACAAUUUUGAGAAAAAAGAAAAGAACGAAGCAUAGUGAUUCUGAACAGGGCGACAUUGUAAUUGAAGAAACUUUAGAGGACGACGACGCGAAGACACCAAAGGUAGAUUUAAGUCAUGACUUAAAUAUUGUAGAAUACGAUGGAGAUGAGAUAAAUGAGACGGAUAUAACUGAAAAAAGCACAAUAGAAAUGCCCGAUGAAUUUUUGCCAAUACCUAAAAUGACAGCACAGGUUGAAAUCGAAGAAUUACUAGAAGAAAAGUCACCUAUAAUCGUUGAAGAAUUAAAUGACACUGACAACGAGGAACCUGCAAUGAGUAAAAAAUUACAGAAAAAACACACAAGAAAAGUAAUAAGCAAAGAUUCUCAGAUACUACAAGAAACAGAAGAGCUCCCAGACGAAACAAUUGUUGAGGAACCCACUGCACCUGAUGGUAAGCCCAAACAAAAGAAAAUUACUAAACGUAUAAUCAAAAAGAAGGUAGGUCCUAAUGUUGAAACCACAGAAAUCACCACAGAACAAACAGAUGACUCACAACCCAUUGUAACCGUACACAAAACCGAGGAAAAUAUCGACGAAACCAUCAAACCUCUUGAAGACUUACACAAACCUGACAAAGCCGAACCAGUCGAGGAACAACCCGAGACUGUUCAGGUCACACAAGUACGUACAGACACUGGAGACAUCAAAAAAGUCAAAACCACCAAACGUGUCAUCAAAAAGCAGAAGGGACCUAAGCGAGAAGUCACUGAAAUUACAACCGUCGAACAAGACGACGAAGCUCCGAUAACGACAGUCACAGUAACCGAAGAAACCACUCCAGAAGAAACGAAGCCCGUCGAAGUUGUGGAACUGCCUGAAGAAACGACUGUCGAAGAAUCCACUACACCAGACGGUAAGCCCAAACAAAAGAAAAUUACUAAACGCGUGAUCAAAAAGAAAGUAGGUCCGAAACUCGAAACAACAGAAAUUACCACUGAACAGACAGAUGACUCACAACCCAUUAUCACUGUACACAAAACAGAGGAAAUCGCUGACGAAACCACCAUACCUCUUGAAGACUUACACAAACCUGACAGACCCGAACCAGUCGAGGAACAACCCGAGACUGUUCAGGUUACACAAGUACGCACAGAAACUGGAGACAUCAAAAAAAUUAAAACCACCAAACGCGUCAUCAAAAAACAAAAAGGAACCAAGCAAGAAGUCACUGAAAUCACAACCGUCGAGAAAGAUGACGAAGCUCCUAUAACAACGGUCACAGUAAUCGAGCAAAAUACUCCAGAAGAAACGAAGCCUGUUAAAAUCGUUGAACUGCCUGAAGAAACGAUUUUCGAAGAAUCGACUACACCUGACGGUAAGCCCAAACAAAAGAAAAUUUCCAAACGCGUGAUCAAAAAGAAGGUAGGUCCAAAACUAGAAACAACAGAAAUCACCACAGAACAGACAGAUGACUCACAACCCAUUAUCACUGUACACAAAACAGAAGAAAUAGCUGAUGAAACGACUACACCUCUUGAAGACUUACACAAACCGGACAGAGCCGAACCAGUCGAGGAACAACCCGAGACUGUUCAGGUUACACAAGUACGCACAGAAACUGGAAACAUCCAAACAGUCAAAACUACCAAACGCGUCAUUAGGAAACAAAAGGGACCUAAGCAAGAAGUUACUGAAAUCACAACCGUCCAGAAAGGAGAUGAAGCCCCGAUAACGACAGUCACAGUAACCGAGACAAAGACUCCAGAAGAAACGAAGCCCGUCGAAGUCGUGGAACUGCCUGAAGAAACGACUGUCGAGGAAUCCACUACACCUGACGGUAAGCCAAAACAAAAGAAAAUUACUAAACGCAUAAUCAAAAAGAAAUUAGGUCCGAAACUCGAAACCACAGAAAUCACCACAGAACAGACAGAUGACUCACAACCCAUUAUCACUGUACACAAAACAGAGGAAAUCGCUGACGAAACCACAACACCUCUUCAAGACUUGGACAAACCUCACAGAGCGGAACCAGUCGAAGAACAACCCGAGACUGUUGAGGUUACAAAUGUACGUACAGAAACUGGAGACAUCAAAAAAGUCAAAACAACCAAACGCGUCAUUAAAAAACACAAAGGAGCCAAGCAAGAAAUCACUGAAAUCACAACCGUCGAACAAGACGACGAAGCUCCGAUAACCACAGUUACAGUAACCGAGGAAAAGACUCCAGAAGAAACGAAACCCGUCGAAAUCGUUGAGCUCCCUGAAGAAACGAUUGUCGAGGAAUCCACUGCACCUGAUGGUAAGCCAAAACAAAAGAAAAUUACCAAACGCGUCAUCAAAAAGAAGGUUGGUCCUAAAGUUGAAACCACAGAGAUCACCACAGAACAAACAGAUGAAUCACAUCCAGUUAUAACCGUGCACAAAACCGAGGAAAUUAUCGACGAAACCACCAAACCUCUUGAAGACUUACACAAACCUGACAAAGCCGAACCAGUCGAGGAACAACCCGAGACUGUUCAGGUUACACAAGUACGCACAGAAACUGGAGACAUCAAAACAGUCAAAACUACCAAACGCGUCAUUAGGAAACAGAAGGGACCUAAGCAAGAAGUUACUGAAAUCACAACCGUCGAACAAGACGACGAAGCUCCGAUAACGACGGUCACAGUAACCGAAGAAACCACUCCAGAAGAAACGAAGCCCGUCGAAGUCGUGGAAAUGCCUGAAGAAACGACUGUCGAGGAAUCCACUACACCUGACGGUAAGCCAAAACAAAAGAAAAUUACUAAACGCAUUAUCAAAAAGAAGGUAGGGCCGAAACUCGAAACCACAGAAAUCACCACAGAACAGACCGAUGACUUGCAACCCAUUAUCACUGUACACAAAACAGAAGAAAUCGCUGACGACACCACAACACCUCUUCAAGACUUGGACAAACCUGACAGAGCGGAACCAGUCGAGGAACAACCCGAGACUAUUGAGGUUACAAAUGUACGCACAGAAACUGGAGACAUCAAAAAAGUCAAAACCACCAAACGCGUCAUUAAAAAACACAAAGGAGCCAAGCAAGAAAUCACUGAAAUCACAACCGUCGAACAAGACGACGAAGCUCCGAUAACCACAGUUACAGUAACCGAGGAAAAGACUCCAGAAGAAACGAAGCCCGUCGAAAUCGUUGAGCUCCCUGAAGAAACGAUUGUCGAGGAAUCCACUGCACCUGACGGUAAGCCCAAACAAAAGAAAAUUACAAAACGCGUCAUCAAAAAGAAGGUUGGUCCUAAAGUUGAAACCACAGAGAUCACCACAGAACAAACAGAUGAAUCACAUCCAGUUAUAACCGUGCACAAAACCGAGGAAAUUAUCGACGAAACAACCAAACCUCUUGAAGACUUACACAAACCUGACAAAGCCGAACCAGUCGAGGAACAACCCGAGACUGUUCAGGUUACACAAGUACGCACUAAAAAUGGAGACAUUAAAAAAGUCAAAACCACCAAACGCGUCAUCAAAAAACAAAAGGGAGGCAAGCAAGAACUCACUGAAAUCACAACCGUCGAACAAGAUGACAAAGCUCCGAUAACUACGGUCACAGUAACCGAGGAAAGAACUCCAGAAGAAACGGAGCCCGUUGAAGUCGUUGAGCUCCCUGAAGAAACGAUUGUCGAAGAAUCCAGUGCUCCUGAUGGUAAGCCCAAACAAAAGAAAAUUACUAAACGCGUCAUCAAAAAGAAGGUAGGUCCGAAACUCGAAACCACAGAAAUCACCACAGAACAGACAGAUGACGCACAACCCAUUAUCACUGUACACAAAACAGAGGAAUUCACUGACGAAACCACCACACCUCUUGAAGACUUAAACAAACCUGACAGAGCCGAACCAGUCGAAGAACAACCCGAGACCGUUCAGGUUACACAAAUACGCACUGAAACCGGAGACAUCAAAAAAGUAAAAACCACCAAACGUGUCAUCAAAAAGCAGAAGGGACCAAAGCAAGAAGUCACUGAAAUCACAACCGUCGAGAAAGAUGAUGAAGCCCCGAUAACGACAGUCACAGUAACAGAAGAAAGAACUCCAGACGAGACUGAAGAAAUGAUGCCUGUUGAAGUUGUUGAACUACCUGAAGAAACGACAGUUGAGGAAAUCACAACUCCUGACGGUAAGCCCAAACAAAAGAAAAUUACUAAACGCGUCAUCAAAAAGAAGGAAGGUCCGAAACUCGAAACCACAGAAAUCACCACAGAACAGACAGAUGACUCACAACCCAUUAUCACUGUACACAAAACAGAGGAAUUCACUGACGAAACCACCACACCCCUUGAAGACUUACACAAACCUGACAGAGCCGAACCAGUCGAGGAACAACCCGAGACUGUUCAGGUCACACAAGUACGUACAGACACUGGAGACAUCAAAAAAGUCAAAACCACCAAACGUAUCAUCAAAAAGCAGAAGGGACCUAAGCGAGAAGUUACUGAAAUCACAACCGUCGAACAAGACGACGAAGCUCCGAUAACGACGGUCACAGUAACCGAAGAAACCACUCCAGAAGAGACGAAGCCCGUCGAAGUCGUGGAAAUGCCUGAAGAAACGACUGUCGAAGAAUCCACUGCUCCUGACGGUAAGCCUAAACAAAAGAAAAUUACUAAACGCAUUAUCAAAAAGAAGGUAGGUCCGAAACUCGAAACCACAGAAAUCACCACAGAACAAACAGAUGACGCACAACCCAUUAUCACUGUACACAAAAUAGAGGAAUUCACUGACGAAACCACCAAACCUCUUGAAGACUUACACAAACCUGACAGAGCCGAACCAGUCGAAGAACAACCCGAGACCGUUCAGGUUACACAAAUACGCACUGAAACCGGAGACAUCAAAAAAGUAAAAACCACCAAACGUGUCAUCAAAAAGCAGAAGGGACCUAAGCAAGAAGUCACUGAAAUCACAACCGUCGAACAAGACGACGAAGCUCCGAUAACGACAGUAACAGUAACCGAGGAAAAUACUCCAGAAGAAACAAAGCCCGUCGAAGUCGUGGAACUGCCUGAAGAAACGACUGUCGAGGAAUCCACUGCUCCUGACGGUAAGCCCAAACAAAAGAAAAUUACUAAACGCGUCAUCAAAAAGAAGGUAGGUCCGAAACUCGAAACUACAGAAAUCACCACAGAACAGUCUGAUGACUCACAACCCAUUAUCACUGUACACAAAACAGAGGAAUUCACUGACGAAACCACCACACCUCUUGAAGACUUACACAAACCUGACAGAGCCGAACCAGUCGAGGAACAACCCGAGACUGUUCAGGUCACACAAGUACGUACAGACACUGGAGACAUCAAAAAAGUCAAAACCACCAAACGUAUCAUCAAAAAGCAGAAGGGACCUAAGCGAGAAGUAACUGAAAUCACAACCGUCGAACAAGACGACGAAGCUCCGAUAACGACGGUCACAGUAACCGAAGAAACCACUCCAGAAGAGACGAAGCCCGUCGAAGUCGUGGAACUGCCUGAAGAAACGACUGUCGAAGAAUCCACUGCUCCUGACGGUAAGCCCAAACAAAAGAAAAUUACUAAACGCGUCAUCAAAAAGAAGGUAGGUCCGAAACUCGAAACUACAGAAAUCACCACAGAACAGUCUGAUGACUCACAACCCAUUAUCACUGUACACAAAACAGAGGAAUUCACUGACGAAACCACCACACCUCUUGAAGACUUACACAAACCUGACAGAGCCGAACCAGUCGAGGAACAACCCGAGACUGUUCAGGUCACACAAGUACGUACAGACACUGGAGACAUCAAAAAAGUCAAAACCACCAAACGUAUCAUCAAAAAGCAGAAGGGACCUAAGCGAGAAGUUACUGAAAUCACAACCGUCGAACAAGACGACGAAGCUCCGAUAACGACGGUCACAGUAACCGAAGAAACCACUCCAGAAGAGACGAAGCCCGUCGAAGUCGUGGAACUGCCUGAAGAAACGACUGUCGAAGAAUCCACUGCUCCUGACGGUAAGCCCAAACAAAAGAAAAUUACUAAACGCGUCAUCAAAAAGAAGGUAGGUCCGAAACUCGAAACUACAGAAAUCACCACAGAACAGUCUGAUGACUCACAACCCAUUAUCACUGUACACAAAACAGAGGAAUUCACUGACGAAACCACCACACCUCUUGAAGACUUACACAAACCUGACAGAGCCGAACCAGUCGAGGAACAACCCGAGACUGUUCAGGUCACACAAGUACGUACAGACACUGGAGACAUCAAAAAAGUCAAAACCACCAAACGUAUCAUCAAAAAGCAGAAGGGACCUAAGCGAGAAGUUACUGAAAUCACAACCGUCGAACAAGACGACGAAGCUCCGAUAACGACGGUCACAGUAACCGAAGAAACCACUCCAGAAGAGACGAAGCCCGUCGAAGUCGUGGAACUGCCUGAAGAAACGACUGUCGAAGAAUCCACUGCUCCUGACGGUAAGCCCAAACAAAAGAAAAUUAUUAAACGCGUCAUCAAAAAGAAGGUAGGUCCGAAACUCGAAACUACAGAAAUCACCACAGAACAGUCUGAUGACUCACAACCCAUUAUCACUGUACACAAAACAGAGGAAUUCACUGACGAAACCACCACACCUCUUGAAGACUUACACAAACCUGACAGAGCCGAACCAGUCGAGGAACAACCCGAGACUGUUCAGGUCACACAAGUACGUACAGACACUGGAGACAUCAAAAAAGUCAAAACCACCAAACGUGUCAUCAAAAAGCAGAAGGGACCUAAGCGAGAAGUCACUGAAAUCACAACCGUCGAACAAGACGACGAAGCCCCGAUAACGACGGUCACAGUAACCGAAGAAACCACUCCAGAAGAAACGAAGCCCGUCGAAGUCGUGGAACUGCCUGAAGAAACGACUGUCGAAGAAUCCACUGCUCCUGACGGUAAGCCCAAACAAAAGAAAAUUACUAAACGCGUUAUCAAAAAGAAGGUAGGUCCGAAACUCGAAACCACAGAAAUCACCACAGAACAGACAGAUGACGCACAACCCAUUAUCACUGUACACAAAACAGAGGAAUUCACUGACGAAACCACCACACCUCUUGAAGACUUACACAAACCUGACAGAGCCGAACCAGUCGAGGAACAACCCGAGACUGUUCAAGUUACACAAGUACGUACAGACACUGGAGACAUCAAAAAAGUCAAAACCUCCAAACGUGUCAUCAAAAAGCAGAAGGGACCUAAGCGAGAAGUCACUGAAAUCACAACCGUCGAACAAGACGACGAAGCUCCGAUAACGACGGUCACAGUAACCGAAGAAACCACUCCAGAAGAAACGAAGCCCGUCGAAGUCGUGGAACUGCCUGAAGAAACGACUGUCGAAGAAUCCACUGCUCCUGACGGUAAGCCCAAACAAAAGAAAAUUACUAAACGCGUUAUCAAAAAGAAGGUAGGUCCGAAACUCGAAACCACAGAAAUCACCACAGAACAGACAGAUGACGCACAGCCCAUUAUCACUGUACACAAAACAGAGGAAUUCACUGACGAAACCACCACACCUCUUGAAGACUUACACAAACCUGACAGAGCCGAACCAGUCGAGGAACAACCCGAGACUGUUCAGGUCACACAAGUACGUACAGACACCGGAGACAUCAAAAAAGUCAAAACCACCAAACGUGUCAUCAAAAAGCAGAAGGGACCUAAGCAAGAAGUCACUGAAAUCACAACCGUCGAACAAGACGACGAAGCUCCGAUAACGACGGUCACAGUAACCGAGGAAAGAACUCCAGAAGAAACAAAGCCCGUCGAAGUCGUGGAACUGCCUGAAGAAACGACUGUCGAAGAAUCCAGUGCUCCUGACGGUAAGCCCAAACAAAAGAAAAUUACUAAACGCGUCAUCAAAAAGAAGGUAGGCCCGAAACUCGAAACCACAGAAAUCACCACAGAACAGACAGAUGACUCACAACCCAUUAUCACUGUACACAAAACAGAGGAAUUCACUGACGAAACCACCACACCCCUUGAAGACUUACACAAACCUGACAGAGCCGAACCAGUCGAGGAACAACCCGAGACUGUUCAAGUUACACAAAUACGCACUGAAUCUGGCGACGUCAAAAAAGUCAAAACAACCAAACGCGUCAUUAAGAAACAGAAGGGACCUAAGCAAGAAGUCACUGAAAUCACAACCGUCGAACAAGACGACGAAGCUCCGAUAACGACGGUCACAGUAACCGAGGAAAGAACUCCAGAAGAAACAAAGCCCGUCGAAGUCGUGGAACUGCCUGAAGAAACGACUGUCGAAGAAUCCACUGCUCCUGACGGUAAGCCCAAACAAAAGAAAAUUACUAAACGCGUCAUCAAAAAGAAGGUAGGUCCGAAACUCGAAACAACAGAAAUUACCACUGAACAGACAGAUGACUCACAACCCAUUAUCACUGUACACAAAACAGAGGAACUCACUGACGAAACCACCACACCCCUUGAAGACUUACACAAACCUGACAGAGCCGAACCAGUCGAGGAACAACCCGAGACUGUUCAAGUUACACAAAUACGCACUGAAUCUGGCGACAUCAAAAAAGUCAAAACAACCAAACGCGUCAUUAAGAAACAGAAAGGACCUAAGCAAGAAGUCACUGAAAUCACAACCGUCGAACAAGACGACGAAGCUCCGAUAACGACGGUCACAGUAACCGAGGAAAAUACUCCAGAAGAAACAAAGGCCGUCGAAGUCGUGGAACUGCCUGAAGAAACGACUGUCGAAGAAUCCACUGCUCCUGACGGUAAGCCCAAACAAAAGAAAAUUACUAAACGCGUCAUCAAAAAGAAGGUAGGUCCGAAACUCGAAACCACAGAAAUCACCACAGAACAGACAGAUGACUCACAACCCAUUAUCACUGUACACAAAACAGAGGAACUCACAGACGAAACCACCACACCCCUUGAAGACUUACACAAACCUGACAGAGCCGAACCAGUCGAGGAACAACCCGAGACUGUUCAAGUUACACAAAUACGCACUGAAUCUGGCGACGUCAAAAAAGUCAAAACAACCAAACGCGUCAUUAAGAAACAGAAGGGACCUAAGCAAGAAGUCACUGAAAUCACAACCGUCGAACAAGACGACGAAGCUCCGAUAACGACGGUCACAGUAACCGAGGAAAGAACUCCAGAAGAAACAAAGCCCGUCGAAGUCGUGGAACUGCCUGAAGAAACGACUGUCGAGGAAUCCACUGCUCCUGACGGUAAGCCCAAACAAAAGAAAAUUACUAAACGCGUUAUCAAAAAGAAGGUAGGUCCGAAACUCGAAACCACAGAAAUCACCACAGAACAGACAGAUGACGCACAACCCAUUAUCACUGUACACAAAACAGAGGAAUUCACUGACGAAACCACCACACCUCUUGAAGACUUACACAAACCUGACAGAGCCGAACCAGUCGAGGAACAACCCGAGACUGUUCAGGUCACACAAGUACGUACAGACACUGGAGACAUCAAAAAAGUCAAAACCAUCAAACGUGUCAUCAAAAAGCAGAAGGGACCUAAGCAAGAAGUCACUGAAAUCACAACCGUCGAACAAGACGACGAAGCUCCGAUAACGACGGUCACAGUAACCGAGGAAAGAACUCCAGAAGAAACAAAGCCCGUCGAAGUCGUGGAACUGCCUGAAGAAACGACUGUCGAAGAAUCCACUGCUCCUGACGAACAGACAGAUGACUCACAACCCAUUAUCACUGUACACAAAACAGAGGAAUUCACUGACGAAACCACCACACCUCUUGAAGACUUACACAAACCUGACAGAGCCGAACCAGUCGAGGAACAACCCGAGACUGUUCAGGUCACACAAGUACGUACAGACACCGGAGACAUCAAAAAAGUCAAAACCACCAAACGUGUCAUCAAAAAGCAGAAGGGACCUAAGCAAGAAGUCACUGAAAUCACAACCGUCGAACAAGACGACGAAGCUCCGAUAACGACGGUCACAGUAACCGAGGAAAGAACUCCAGAAGAAACAAAGCCCGUCGAAGUCGUGGAACUGCCUGAAGAAACGAUUGUCGAAGAAUCCACUGCUCCUGACGGUAAGCCCAAACAAAAGAAAAUUACUAAACGCGUCAUCAAAAAGAAGGUAGGCCCGAAACUCGAAACCACAGAAAUCACCACAGAACAGACAGAUGACUCACAACCCAUCAUCACUGUACACAAAACAGAGGAAUUCACUGACGAAACCACCACACCUCUUGAACACUUACACACAGUAGAAAAAGCUGAACCGGUCGAGGAACAACCCGAGACCGUUCAAGUCACACAAAUACGCACUGAAAAUGGCGACGUCAAAAAAGUUAAAACCACCAAACGUGUCAUCAAAAAACAGAAGGGACCUAAGCAAGAAGUCACUGAAAUCACAACUGUCGUGAAAGAUGAUGAAGCCCCGAUAACGACGGUCACAGUAACCGAAGAAACCACUCCAGAAGAAAUGAAGCCCGUCGAAGUCGUGGAACUGCCUGAAGAAACGACUGUCGAAGAAUCCACUGCUCCUGACGGUAAGCCCAAACAAAAGACAAUUACUAAACGCGUCAUCAAAAAGAAGCUAGGUCCGAAACUCGAAACCACAGUAAUCACCACAGAACAGACAGAUGACUCACAACCCAUUAUCACUGUACACAAAACAGAGGAAAUCACUGACGAAACCACCACACCUCUUGAACACUUACACAUACCAGAAAAGGCUGAACCAGUCGAGGAACAACCCGAGACAGUUCAAGUCACACAAACACGUACUGAAACUGGCGACGUUAAAAAAAUCAAAACUACAAAACGUGUCAUCAAAAAGCAGAAGGGAGCGAAGCAAGAAGUUACGGAAAUCACAACCGUCGAACAAGACGACGAAGCUCCGAUAACUACAGUAACAGUUACCGAGAAAACUCCAGAAGAAACAAAGCCCGUCGAAGUCGUGGAACUGCCUGAAGAAACGACUGUCGAGGAAUCCACUGCUCCUGACGGUAAGCCCAAACAAAAGAAAAUUACUAAACGCGUCAUCAAAAAGAAGGUAGGUCCGAAACUCGAAACCACAGAAAUCACCACAGAACAGACAGAUGACUCACAACCCAUUAUCACUGUACACAAAACAGAGGAACUCACUGACGAAACCACCACACCUCUUGAACACUUACACACAGUAGAAAAAGCUGAACCGGUCGAGGAACAACCCGAGACCGUUCAAGUCACACAAAUACGCACUGAAAAUGGCGACGUCAAAAAAGUUAAAACCACCAAACGUGUCAUCAAAAAACAGAAGGGACCUAAGCAAGAAGUCACUGAAAUCACAACUGUCGUGAAAGAUGAUGAAGCCCCGAUAACGACGGUCACAGUAACCGAAGAAACCACUCCAGAAGAAAUGAAGCCCGUCGAAGUCGUGGAACUGCCUGAAGAAACGACUGUCGAAGAAUCCACUGCUCCUGACGGUAAGCCCAAACAAAAGACAAUUACUAAACGCGUCAUCAAAAAGAAGGUAGGUCCGAAACUCGAAACCACAGUAAUCACCACAGAACAGACAGAUGACUCACAACCCAUUAUCACUGUACACAAAACAGAGGAAAUCACUGACGAAACCACCACACCUCUUGAACACUUACACAUACCAGAAAAGGCUGAACCAGUCGAGGAACAACCCGAGACAGUUCAAGUCACACAAACACGUACUGAAACUGGCGACGUUAAAAAAAUCAAAACUACAAAACGUGUCAUCAAAAAGCAGAAGGGAGCGAAGCAAGAAGUUACGGAAAUCACAACCGUCGAACAAGACGACGAAGCUCCGAUAACUACAGUAACAGUUACCGAGGAAAAGACUCCAGAAGAAACAAAGCCCGUCGAAGUCGUGGAACUGCCUGAAGAAACGACUGUCGAGGAAUCCACUGCUCCUGACGGUAAGCCCAAACAAAAGAAAAUUACUAAACGCGUCAUCAAAAAGAAGGUAGGCCCGAAACUCGAAACCACAGAAAUCACCACAGAACAGACAGAUGACUCACAACCCAUUAUCACUGUACACAAAACAGAGGAAUUCACUGACGAAACCACCACACCCCUUGAAGACUUACACAAACCUGACAGAGCCGAACCAGUCGAGGAACAACCCGAGACUGUUCAGAUUACACAAGUACGUACAGACACCGGAGACAUCAAAAAAAUCAAAACCACAAAACGUGUCAUCAAAAAGCAGAAGGGACCGAAGCAAGAAGUAACUGAAAUCACAACCGUCGAACAAGACGACGAAGCUCCGAUAACGACGGUCACAGUAACCGAAGAAAGAACUCCAGAAGAAACGGAGCCCGUCGAAGUCGUGGAACUGCCUGAAGAAACGACUGUCAAAGAAUCCACUGCUCCUGACGGUAAGCCCAAACAAAAGAAAAUUACUAAACGCGUCAUCAAAAAGAAGGUAGGUCCGAAACUCGAAACCACAGAAAUCACCACAGAACAGACAGAUGACUCACAACCCAUUAUCACUGUACACAAAACAGAGGAACACACAGACGAAACCACCACACCCCUUGAAGACUUACACAAACCUGACAGAGCCGAACCAGUCGAGGAACAACCCGAGACUGUUCAAGUUACACAAAUACGCACUGAAUCUGGCGACGUCAAAAAAGUCAAAACAACCAAACGCGUCAUUAAGAAACAGAAGGGACCUAAGCAAGAAGUCACUGAAAUCACAACCGUCGAACAAGACGACGAAGCUCCGAUAACGACGGUCACAGUAACCGAGGAAAGAACUCCAGAAGAAACAAAGCCCGUCGAAGUCGUGGAACUGCCUGAAGAAACGACUGUCGAGGAAUCCACUGCUCCUGACGGUAAGCCCAAACAAAAGAAAAUUACUAAACGCGUUAUCAAAAAGAAGGUAGGUCCAAAACUCGAAACCACAGAAAUCACCACAGAACAGACAGAUGACUCACAACCCAUUAUCACUGUACACAAAACAGAGGAACUCACAGACGAAACCACCACACCCCUUGAAGACUUACACAAACCUGACAGAGCCGAACCAGUCGAGGAACAACCCGAGACUGUUCAGGUCACACAAGUACGUACAGACACCGGAGACAUCAAAAAAGUCAAAACCACCAAACGUGUCAUCAAAAAGCAGAAGGGACCUAAGCAAGAAGUCACUGAAAUCACAACCGUCGAACAAGACGACGAAGCUCCGAUAACGACGGUCACAGUAACCGAGGAAAGAACUCCAGAAGAAACAAAGCCCGUCGAAGUCGUGGAACUGCCUGAAGAAACGACUGUCGAAGAAUCCAGUGCUCCUGACGGUAAGCCCAAACAAAAGAAAAUUACUAAACGCGUCAUCAAAAAGAAGGUAGGUCCGAAACUCGAAACCACAGAAAUCACCACAGAACAGACAGAUGACUCACAACCCAUUAUCACUGUACACAAAACAGAGGAACUCACAGACGAAACCACCACACCCCUUGAAGACUUACACAAACCUGAUAGAGCCGAACCAGUCGAGGAACAACCCGAGACUAAGGGACCUAAGCAAGAAGUCACUGAAAUCACAACACGAACAAGACCACGAAGCUCCGAUAACGACGGUCACAGUAACCAGGAAAGAACUCCAGAAGAAACAAAGCCCGUCGAAGUCGUGGAACUGCCUGAAGAAACGACUGUCGAGGAAUCCACUGCUCCUGACGAAGGUAGGUCCCGAAACUCGAAACCACAGAAAUCACCACAGAACAGACAGAUGACUCACAACCCAUUAUCACUGUACACAAAACAAGGAACUCACAGACGAAACCACCACACCCUUGAAGACUUACACAAACCUGACAGAGCCGAACCAGUCGAGGAACAACCGAGACUGUUCAAAAGGGACCUAAGCAAGAAGUCACUGAAAUCACACCGUCGAACAAGACGACGAAGCCCCGAUAACGACGGUCACAGUAACCGAGGAAAGAACUCCAGAAGAAACAAGCCCGUCGAAGUCUGGGAACUGCCUGAAAAACGACUGUCGAAGAAUCCACUGCUCCUGACGACAGAUGACUCACAACCCAUUAUCACUGUACACAAAACAGAGGAAAUCACUGACGAAACCACCACACCCCUUGAAGACUUACACAAACCUGACAGAGCCGAACCAGUCGAGGAACAACCCGAGACUGUUCAGGUCACACAAGUACGUACAGACACCGGAGACAUCAAAAAAGUCAAAACCACCAAACGUGUCAUCAAAAAGCAGAAGGGACCUAAGCAAGAAGUCACUGAAAUCACGACCGUCCAACAAGACGACGAAGCUCCAAUAACCACAGUCAUUGUUACCGAGGAAAAGACUCCAGAAGAAACGGAGCCCGUCGAAGUCGUCGAACUGCCUGAAGAAACGACUGUCGAGGAAUCCACUGCUCCUGACGGUAAGCCCAAACAAAAGAAAAUUACUAAACGCGUCAUCAAAAAGAAGGUAGGUCCGAAACUCGAAACCACAGAAAUCACCACAGAACAGACAGAUGACUCACAACCCAUUAUCACUUCGAGAACAACCCGAGACUGUUCAAGUUACACAAAUACGCACUGAAUCUGGCGACGUCAAAAAAGUCAAAACAACCAAACGCGUCAUUAAGAAACAGAAGGGACCUAAGCAAGAAGUCACUGAAAUCACAACCGUCGAACAAGACGACGAAGCUCCGAUAACGACGGUCACAGUAACCGAGGAAAGAACUCCAGAAGAAACAAAGCCCGUCGAAGUCGUGGAACUGCCUGAAGAAACGACUGUCGAGGAAUCCACUGCUCCUGACGGUAAGCCCAAACAAAAGAAAAUUACUAAACGCGUUAUCAAAAAGAAGGUAGGUCCGAAACUCGAAACCACAGAAAUCACCACAGAACAGACAGAUGACUCACAACCCAUUAUCACUGUACACAAAACAGAGGAACACACUGACGAAACCACCACACCUCUUGAACACUUACACACAUUACAAAAAGCUGAACCAGUCGAGGAACAACCCGAGACUGUUCAGGUUACACAAUUACGCACUGAAUCUGGCGACGUUAAAAAAGUCAAAACUACCAAACGCGUCAUUAAAAAACAGAAGGGACCUAAGCAAGAAGUUACUGAAAUCACAACCGUCGAACAAGAUGACGAAGCUCCGAUAACGACGGUCACAGUAACCGAGGAAAGAACUCCAGAAGAAACAAAGGCCGUCGAAGUCGUGGAACUGCCUGAAGAAACGACUGUCGAAGAAUCCACUGCUCCUGACGGUAAGCCCAAACAAAAGAAAAUUACUAAACGCGUCAUCAAAAAGAAGGUAGGUCCGAAACUCGAAACCACAGAAAUCACCACAGAACAGACAGAUGACUCACAACCCAUUAUCACUGUACACAAAACAGAGGAAUUCACUGACGAAACCACCACACCUCUUGAAGACUUACACAAACCUGACAGAGCCGAACCAGUCGAGGAACAACCCGAGACUGUUCAGAUUACACAAGUACGUACAGACACCGGAGACAUCAAAAAAAUCAAAACCACAAAACGUAUCAUCAAAAAGCAGAAGGGACCGAAGCAAGAAGUUACUGAAAUCACAACCGUCGAACAAGACGACAAAGCUCCGAUAACGACGGUCACAGUAACCGAGGAACGAACUCCAGAAGAAACGGAGCCCGUCGAAGUCGUGGAACUGCCUGAAGAAACGACUGUCGAGGAAUCCACUGCUCCUGACGGUAAGCCCAAACAAAAGAAAAUUACUAAACGCAUUAUCAAAAAGAAGGUAGGCCCGAAACUCGAAACCACAGAAAUCACCACAGAACAGACAGAUGACUCACAACCCAUUAUCACUGUACACAAAACAGAGGAACACACUGACGAAACCACCACACCUCUUGAACACUUACACACAUUACAAAAAGCUGAACCAGUCGAGGAACAACCCGAGACUGUUCAGGUUACACAAUUACGCACUGAAUCUGGCGACGUUAAAAAAGUCAAAACUACCAAACGCGUCAUUAAAAAACAGAAGGGACCUAAGCAAGAAGUUACUGAAAUCACAACCGUCGAACAAGAUGACGAAGCUCCGAUAACGACGGUCACAGUAACCGAGGAAAGAACUCCAGAAGAAACAAAGCCCGUCGAAGUCGUGGAAAUGCCUGAAGAAACUACUUUCGAGGAAUCCACUGCUCCUGACGGUAAGCCCAAACAAAAGAAAAUUACUAAACGCGUCAUCAAAAAGAAGGUAGGUCCGAAACUCGAAACCACAGAAAUCACCACAGAACAGACAGAUGACUCACAACCCAUUAUCACUGUACACAAAACAGAGGAACACACUGACGAAACCACCACACCUCUUGAACACUUACACACAUUACAAAAAGCUGAACCAGUCGAGGAACAACCCGAGACUGUUCAGGUCACACAAUUACGCACUGAAUCUGGCGACGUUAAAAAAGUCAAAACUACCAAACGCGUCAUUAAAAAGCAGAAGGGACCGAAGCAAGAAGUUACUGAAAUCACAACCGUCGAACAAGACGACAAAGCUCCGAUAACGACGGUCACAGUAACCGAGGAACGAACUCCAGAAGAAACGGAGCCCGUCGAAGUCGUGGAACUGCCUGAAGAAACGACUAAGGUAGGUCCGAAACUCGAAACCACAGAAAUCACCACAGAACAGACAGAUGACUCACAACCCAUUAUCACUGUACACAAAACAGAGGAAUUCACUGAGGAAACCACCACACCUCUUGAAGACUUACACAAACCUGACAGAGCCGAACCAGUCGAAGAACAACCCGAGACUGUUCAGAUUACACAAGUACGUACAGACACCGGAGACAUCAAAAAAAUCAAAACCACAAAACGUAUCAUCAAAAAGCAGAAGGGACCGAAGCAAGAAGUUACUGAAAUCACAACCGUCGAACAAGACGACAAAGCUCCGAUAACGACGGUCACAGUAACCGAGGAACGAACUCCAGAAGAAACAAAGCCCGUCGAAGUCGUGGAACUGCCUGAAGAAACGACUGUUGAGGAAUCCACUGCUCCUGACGGUAAGCCCAAACAAAAGAAAAUUACUAAACGCGUUAUCAAAAAGAAGGUAGGUCCGAAACUCGAAACCACAGAAAUCACCACAGAACAGACAGAUGACUCACAACCCAUUAUCACUGUACACAAAACAGAGGAAUUCACUGACGAAACCACCACACCUCUUGAAGACUUACACAAACCUGACAGAGCCGAACCAGUCGAGGAACAACCCGAGACUGUUCAGGUCACACAAGUUCGCACUGAAACCGGAGACGUACAAAAGGUUAAAACCACUAAACGCGUCAUUAAAAAACCGAAAGGAACCAAACAAGAGAUAACCGAAAUCACAACCAUCGAGAAGGACGACGAAGCUCCUAUCACGACUGUUACGGUCACUGAGCAAGAGGCUCCUGAAGAAAUAGAAGACGAGCCCGUUAAAGUCGUCGAGUUGCCUGAGGAAACCUCCGUCGAGGAGACCACGACGCCAGACGGUAAGAAAGUACAAAAGAAAGUUAUCAAACGCGUUAUCAAAAAGAAGGUAGGCCCUAAAGUAGAAACCACACACAUCACCACAGAACAGACAGAUGACUCACAACCCAUUAUCACUGUACACAAAACAGAGGAAUUCACUGACGAAACCACCACACCUCUUGAAGACUUACACAACCUGGCAGCCGAACCAGUUGAGGAACAAUCCGAGACUGUCCAGGUUACACAAGUUCGCACUGAAACCGGAGACGUACAAAAGGACGACGAAGCUCCUAUCACGACUGUUACGGUCACUGAGCAAGAGGCUCCUGAAGAAAUAGAAGACGAGCCCGUUAAAGUCGUCGAGUUGCCUGAGGAAACCUCCGUCGAGGAGACCACGACGCCAGACGGUAAGAAAUACACACCAAACACGAAUACACUGAUGAGACCACACCUCUUGAAGAGUUACACAAACCCAAAAGCCGAGCCAGUCGAGGAACAACCCGAGACUGUUCAGGUCACACAAGUUCGCACUGAAACCGGAGACGUACAAAAGGUUAAAACGACUAAACGCGUCAUUAAAAAACCGAAGGGACCCAAACAAGAGAUAACCGAAAUCACAACCAUCGAGAAGGACGACGAAGCUCCUAUCACGACUGUUACGGUCACUGAGCAAGAGGCUCCUAAAGAAAUAGAAGACGACGUUAAAGUCGUCGAGCUGCCUGAGGAAACCUCCGUCGAGGAGACCACGACGCCAGACGGUAAGAAAGUACAAAAGAAAGUUAUCAAACGCGUUAUCAAAAAGAAGGUAGGCCCUAAAGUAGAAACCACACAUAUCACCACAGAACACACUGACGACACACAACCCAUCAUCACAGUACACACCACACACGAAUACACUGAUGAGACCACCACACCUCUUGAAGAGUUACACAAACCCCAAAAAGCCGAACCAGUCGAGGAACAACCCGAGACUGUUCAGGUUACACAAGUUCGCACUGAAACCGGAGACGUACAAAAGGUUAAAACCACUAAACGCGUCAUUAAAAAACCGAAGGGACCCAAACAAGAGAUAACCGAAAUCACAACCAUCGAGAAGGACGACGAAGCUCCUAUCACGACUGUUACGGUCACUGAGCAAGAGGCUCCUGAAGAAAUAGAAGACAAGCCCGUUAAAGUCGUCGAGUUGCCUGAGGAAACCUCCGUCGAGGAGACCACGACGCCAGACGGUAAGAAAGUACAAAAGAAAGUUAUCAAACGCGUUAUCAAAAAGAAGGUAGGCCCUAAAGUAGAAACCACACACAUCACCACAGAACAGACGGAUGACUCACAACCCAUUAUCACUGUACACAAAACAGAGGAAUUCACUGACGAAACCACCACACCUCUUGAAGACUUACACACACCUGGCAGAGCCGAACCAGUUGAGGAACAACCCGAGACUGUCCAGGUUACACAAGUUCGCACUGAAACCGGAGACGUACAAAAGGUUAAAACCACUAAACGCGUCAUUAAAAAACCGAAAGGACCCAAACAAGAGAUAACCGAAAUCACAACCAUCGAGAAGGACGACGAAGCUCCUAUCACGACUGUUACGGUCACUGAGCAAGAGGCUCCUGAAGAAAUAGAAGACGAGCCCGUUAAAGUCGUCGAGUUGCCUGAGGAAACCUCCGUCGAGGAGACCACGACGCCAGACGGUAAGAAAGUACAAAAGAAAGUUAUCAAACGCGUUAUCAAAAAGAAGGUAGGCCCUAAAGUAGAAACCACACACAUCACCACAGAACACACUGAUGACACACAACCCAUCAUCACAGUACACACCAAACACGAAUACACUGAUGAGACCACCACACCUCUUGAAGAGUUACACAAACCCCAAAAAGCCGAGCCAGUCGAGGAACAACCCGAGACUGUUCAGGUCACACAAGUUCGCACUGAAACCGGAGACGUACAAAAGGUUAAAACGACUAAACGCGUCAUUAAAAAACCGAAGGGACCCAAACAAGAGAUAACCGAAAUCACAACCAUCGAGAAGGACGACGAAGCUCCUAUCACGACUGUUACGGUCACUGAGCAAGAGGCUCCUGAAGAAAUAGAAGACGAGCCCGUUAAAGUCGUCGAGCUGCCUGAGGAAACCUCCGUCGAGGAGACCACGACGCCAGACGGUAAGAAAGUACAAAAGAAAGUUAUCAAACGCGUUAUCAAAAAGAAGGUAGGCCCUAAAGUAGAAACCACACACAUCACCACAGAACAGACGGAUGACUCACAACCCAUUAUCACUGUACACAAAACAGAGGAAUUCACUGACGAAACCACCACACCUCUUGAAGACUUACACACACCUGGCAGAGCCGAACCAGUUGAGGAACAGCCCGAGACUGUCCAGGUUACACAAGUUCGCACUGAAACCGGAGACGUACAAAAGGUUAAAACCACUAAACGCGUCAUUAAAAAACCGAAGGGACCCAAACAAGAGAUAACCGAAAUCACAACCAUCGAGAAGGACGACGAAGCUCCUAUCACGACUGUUACGGUCACUGAGCAAGAGGCUCCUGAAGAAAUAGAAGACGAGCCCGUUAAAGUCGUCGAGCUGCCUGAGGAAACCUCCGUCGAGGAGACCACGACGCCAGACGGUAAGAAAGUACAAAAGAAAGUUAUCAAACGCGUUAUCAAAAAGAAGGUAGGCCCUAAAGUAGAAACCACACAUAUCACCACAGAACACACUGACGACACACAACCCAUCAUCACAGUACACACCACACACGAAUACACUGAUGAGACCACCACACCUCUUGAAGAGUUACACAAACCCCAAAAAGCCGAACCAGUCGAGGAACAACCCGAGACUGUUCAGGUUACACAAGUUCGCACUGAAACCGGAGACGUACAAAAGGUUAAAACCACUAAACGCGUCAUUAAAAAACCGAAGGGACCCAAACAAGAGAUAACCGAAAUCACAACCAUCGAGAAGGACGACGAAGCUCCUAUCACGACUGUUACGGUCACUGAGCAAGAGGCUCCUGAAGAAAUAGAAGACGAGCCCGUUAAAGUCGUCGAGUUGCCUGAGGAAACCUCCGUCGAGGAGACCACGACGCCAGACGGUAAGAAAGUACAAAAGAAAGUUAUCAAACGCGUUAUCAAAAAGAAGGUAGGCCCUAAAGUAGAAACCACACACAUCACCACAGAACAGACGGAUGACUCACAACCCAUUAUCACUGUACACAAAACAGAGGAAUUCACUGACGAAACCACCACACCUCUUGAAGACUUACACACACCUGGCAGAGCCGAACCAGUUGAGGAACAACCCGAGACUGUCCAGGUUACACAAGUUCGCACUGAAACCGGAGACGUACAAAAGGUUAAAACCACUAAACGCGUCAUUAAAAAACCGAAGGGACCCAAACAAGAGAUAACCGAAAUCACAACCAUCGAGAAGGACGACGAAGCUCCUAUCACGACUGUUACGGUCACUGAGCAAGAGGCUCCUGAAGAAAUAGAAGACGUGCCCGUUAAAGUCGUCGAGUUGCCUGAGGAAACCUCCGUCGAGGAGACUACGACGCCAGACGGUAAGAAAGUACAAAAGAGAGUUAUCAAACGCGUUAUCAAAAAGAAGGUAGGCCCUAAAGUAGAAACCACACACAUCACCACAGAACACACUGAUGACACACAACCCAUCAUCACAGUACACACCACACACGAAUACACUGAUGAGACCACCACACCUCUUGAAGAGUUACACAAACCCCAAAAAGCCGAGCCAGUCGAGGAACAACCCGAGACUGUUCAGGUCACACAAGUUCGCACUGAAACCGGAGACGUACAAAAGGUUAAAACUACUAAACGCGUCAUUAAAAAACCGAAGGGACCCAAACAAGAGAUAACCGAAAUCACAACCAUCGAGAAGGACGACGAAGCUCCUAUCACGACUGUUACGGUCACUGAGCAAGAGGCUCCUGAAGAAAUAGAAGACGAGCCCGUUAAAGUCGUCGAGUUGCCUGAGGAAACCUCCGUCGAGGAGACCACGACGCCAGACGGUAAGAAAGUACAAAAGAAAGUUAUCAAACGCGUUAUCAAAAAGAAGGUAGGCCCUAAAGUAGAAACCACACACAUCACCACAGAACACACUGAUGACACACAACCCAUCAUCAUAGUACACACCACACACGAAUACACUGAUGAGACCACCACACCUCUUGAAGAGUUACACAAACCUCAAAAAGCCGUGCCAGUCGAGGAACAACCCGAGACUGUCCAGGUCACACAAGUUCGCACUGAAACCGGAGACGUACAAAAGGUUAAAACCACUAAACGCGUCAUUAAAAAACCGAAGGGACCCAAACAAGAGAUAACCGAAAUCACAACCAUCGAGAAGGACGACGAAGCUCCUAUCACGACUGUUACGGUCACUGAGCAAGAGGCUCCUGAAGAAAUAGAAGACGUGCCCGUUAAAGUCGUCGAGUUGCCUGAGGAAACCUCCGUCGAGGAGACCACGACGCCAGACGGUAAGAAAGUACAAAAGAGAGUUAUCAAACGCGUUAUCAAAAAGAAGGUAGGCCCUAAAGUAGAAACCACACACAUCACCACAGAACACACUGAUGACACACAACCCAUCAUCACAGUACACACCACACACGAAUACACUGAUGAGACCACCACACCUCUUGAAGAAUUACGCAAACCUCAAAAAGUCGUGCCAGUCGAGGAACAACCCGAGACUGUUCAGGUUACACAAGUUCGCACUGAAACCGGAGACGUACAAAAGGUUAAAACCACUAAACGCGUCAUUAAAAAACCGAAGGGACCCAAACAAGAGAUAACCGAAAUCACAACCAUCGAGAAGGACGACGAAGCUCCUAUCACGACUGUUACGGUCACUGAGCAAGAGGCUCCUGAAGAAAUAGAAGACGAGCCCGUUAAAGUCGUCGAGCUGCCUGAGGAAACCUCCGUCGAGGAGACCACGACGCCAGACGGUAAGAAAGUACAAAAGAAAGUUAUCAAACGCGUUAUCAAAAAGAAGGUAGGCCCUAAAGUAGAAACCACACACAUCACCACAGAACACACUGAUGACACACAACCCAUCAUCACAGUACACACCACACACGAAUACACUGAUGAGACCACCACACCUCUUGAAGAGUUACACAAACCUCAAAAAGCCGUGCCAGUCGAGGAACAACCCGAGACUGUCCAGGUCACACAAGUUCGCACUGAAACCGGAGACGUACAAAAGGUUAAAACGACUAAACGCGUCAUUAAAAAACCGAAGGGACCCAAACAAGAGAUAACCGAAAUCACAACCAUCGAGAAGGACGACGAAGCUCCUAUCACGACUGUUACGGUCACUGAGCAAGAGGCUCCUGAAGAAAUAAAAGACAAGCCCGUUAAAGUCGUCGAGUUGCCUGAGGAAACCUCCGUCGAGGAGACCACGACGCCAGACGGUAAGAAAGUACAAAAGAAAGUUAUCAAACGCGUUAUCAAAAAGAAGAUAGGCCCUAAAGUAGAAACCACACACAUCACCACAGAACAGACGGAUGACUCACAACCCAUUAUCACUGUACACAAAACAGAGGAAUUCACUGACGAAACCACACCUCUUGAAGACUUACACACACCUGGCAGAGCCGAACCAGUUGAGGAACAGCCCGAGACUGUCCAGGUUACACAAGUUCGCACUGAAACCGGAGACGUACAAAAGGUUAAAACCACUAAACGCGUCAUUAAAAAACCGAAGGGACCCAAACAAGAGAUAACCGAAAUCACAACCAUCGAGAAGGACGACGAAGCUCCUAUCACGACUGUUACGGUCACUGAGCAAGAGGCUCCUGAAGAAAUAGAAGACGAGCCCGUUAAAGUCGUCGAGUUGCCUGAGGAAACCUCCGUCGAGGAGACCACGACGCCAGACGGUAAGAAAGUACAAAAGAAAGUUAUCAAACGCGUUAUCAAAAAGAAGGUAGGUCCUAAAGUAGAAACCACACACAUCACCACAGAACACACUGAUGACACACAACCCAUCAUCACAGUACACACCACACACGAAUACACUGAUGAGAUCACCACACCUCUUGAAGAGUUACACAAACCCCAAAAAGCCGAACUAGUCGAGGAACAACCCGAGACUGUUCAGGUUACACAAGUUCGAACUGAAACCGGAGACGUACAAAAGGUUAAAACCACUAAACGGGUUAUUAAAAAACCGAAAGGACCCAAACAAGAGAUAACCGAAAUCACAACCAUCGAGAAGGACGACGAAGCUCCUAUCACGACUGUUACGGUCACUGAGCAAGAGGCUCCUGAAGAAAUAGAAGACGAGCCCGUUAAAGUCGUCGAGUUGCCUGAGGAAACCUCCGUCGAGGAGACCACGACGCCAGACGGUAAGAAAGUACAAAAGAAAGUUAUCAAACGCGUUAUCAAAAAGAAGGUAGGCCCUAAAGUAGAAACCACACACAUCACCACAGAACAGACGGAUGACUCACAACCCAUUAUCACUGUACACAAUACAGAGGAAUUCACUGACGAAACCACCACACCUCUUGAAGACUUACACACACCUGGCAGAGCCGAACCAGUUGAGGAACAACCCGAGACUGUCCAGGUUACACAAGUUCGCACUGAAACCGGAGAUUUACAAAAGGUUAAAACCACUAAACGCGUCAUUAAAAAACCGAAGGGACCCAAACAAGAGAUAACCGAAAUCACAACCAUCGAGAAGGACGACGAAGCUCCUAUCACGACUGUUACGGUCACUGAGCAAGAGGCUCCUGAAGAAAUAGAAGACGAGCCCGUUAAAGUCGUCGAGUUGCCUGAGGAAACCUCCGUCGAGGAGACCACGACGCCAGACGGUAAGAAAGUACAAAAGAAAGUUAUCAAACGCGUUAUCAAAAAGAAGGUAGGUCCUAAAGUAGAAACCACACACAUCACCACAGAACACACUGAUGACACACAACCCAUCAUCACAGUACACACCACACACGAAUACACUGAUGAGAUCACCACACCUCUUGAAGAGUUACACAAUCCUCAAAAAGCCGAACUAGUCGAGGAACAACCCGAGACUGUUCAGGUUACACAAGUUCGCACUGAAACCGGAGACGUACAAAAGGUUAAAACCACUAAACGCGUCAUUAAAAAACCGAAAGGACCCAAACAAGAGAUAACCGAAAUCACAACCAUCGAGAAGGACGACGAAGCUCCUAUCACGACUGUUACGGUCACUGAGCAAGAGGCUCCUGAAGAAAUAGAAGACGAGCCCGUUAAAGUCGUCGAGCUGCCUGAGGAAACCUCCGUCGAGGAGACCACGACGCCAGACGGUAAGAAAGUACAAAAGAAAGUUACCAAACGCGUUAUCAAAAAGAAGGUAGGCCCUAAAGUAGAAACCACACACAUCAUCACAGAACACACUGAUGACACACAACCCAUCAUCACAGUACACACCACACACGAAUACACUGAUGAGAUCACCACACCUCUUGAAGAGUUACACAAACCCCAAAAAGCCGAACUAGUCGAGGAACAACCCGAGACUGUUCAGGUUACACAAGUUCGAACUGAAACCGGAGACGUACAAAAGGUUAAAACCACCAAACGCGUUAUUAAAAAACCGAAAGGACCCAAACAAGAGAUAACCGAAAUCACAACCAUCGAGAAGGACGACGAAGCUCCUAUCACGACUGUUACGGUCACUGAGCAAGAGGCUCCUGAAGAAAUAGAAGACGAGCCCGUUAAAGUCGUCGAGUUGCCUGAGGAAACCUCCGUCGAGGAGACCACGACGCCAGACGGUAAGAAAGUACAAAAGAAAGUUAUCAAACGCGUUAUCAAAAAGAAGGUAGGCCCUAAAGUAGAAACCACACACAUCACCACAGAACACACUGAUGACACACAACCCAUCAUCACAGUACACACCACACACGAAUACACUGAUGAGACCACCACACCUCUUGAAGAGUUACACAAACCCCAAAAAGCCGAACCAGUCGAGGAACAACCCGAGACUGUUCAGGUCGCACAAGUUCGCACUGAAACCGGAGACGUACAAAAGGUUAAAACCACUAAACGCGUCAUUAAAAAACCGAAGGGACCCAAACAAGAGAUAACCGAAAUCACAACCAUCGAGAAGGACGACGAAGCUCCUAUCACGACUGUUACGGUCACUGAGCAAGAGGCUCCUGAAGAAAUAGAAGACGAGCCCGUUAAAGUCGUCGAGCUGCCUGAGGAAACCUCCGUCGAGGAGACCACGACGCCAGACGGUAAGAAAGUACAAAAGAAAGUUAUCAAACGCGUUAUCAAAAAGAAGGUAGGCCCUAAAGUAGAAACCACACACAUCACCACAGAACACACUGAUGACACACAACCCAUCAUCACAGUACACACCACACACGAAUACACUGAUGAGACCACCACACCUCUUGAAGAGUUACACGAACUUCAAAAAGCCGUGCCAGUCGAGGAACAACCCGAGACUGUCCAGGUCACACAAGUUCGCACUGAAACCGGAGACGUACAAAAGGUUAAAACGACUAAACGCGUCAUUAAAAAACCGAAGGGACCCAAACAAGAGAUAACCGAAAUCACAACCAUCGAGAAGGACGACGAAGCUCCUAUCACGACUGUUACGGUCAUUGAGCAAGAGGCUCCUAAAGAAAUAGAAGACGAGCCCGUUAAAGUCGUCGAGCUGCCUGAGGAAACCUCCGUCGAGGAGACCACGACGCCAGACGGUAAGAAAGUACAAAAGAAAGUUAUCAAACGCGUUAUCAAAAAGAAGGUAGGCCCUAAAGUAGAAACCACACACAUCACCACAGAACACACUGAUGACACACAACCCAUCAUCACAGUACACACCACACACGAAUACACUGAUGAGACCACCACACCUCUUGAAGAGUUACACAAACCCCAAAAAGCCGAACCAGUCGAGGAACAACCCGAGACUGUUCAGGUUACACAAGUUCGCACUGAAACCGGAGACGUACAAAAGGUUAAAACCACUAAACGCGUCAUUAAAAAACCGAAGGGACCCAAACAAGAGAUAACCGAAAUCACAACCAUCGAGAAGGACGACGAAGCUCCUAUCACGACUGUUACGGUCACUGAGCAAGAGGCUCCUGAAGAAAUAGAAGACGUGCCCGUUAAAGUCGUCGAGCUGCCUGAGGAAACCUCCGUCGAGGAGACCACGACGCCAGACGGUAAGAAAGUACAAAAGAAAGUUAUCAAACGCGUUAUCAAAAAGAAGGUAGGCCCUAAAGUAGAAACCACACACAUCACCACAGAACACACUGAUGACACACAACCCAUCAUCACAGUACACACCACACACGAAUACACUGAUGAGACCACCACACCUCUCAUGCAUUUACACAAACCUAAAAAUCGAAAUCAGUCGAGGAAGAACCCGAAUUUUCAGGUUACAAAUAUGCACCAAGGUUACCGAACCGAACCGUAUUUAUUUUCUUACAAAAUUAACACGUUCGCUGUGCAUGACCCACGGGUGGGGCAUAUCGAGUUGCUAAUUGUACCUCUACGUGCAUGA